UACCUGCAACAAUAAUGUCAUCAACAUAAACAAUAAGGUGGUAAAUAUGUUAUUAUAUGCCUUAAUAAAUAACAAAUGAUCAAAUGCGGAUUGGCAGUAGCCUACAAAAUGUAAAGCAGAGGAUAGUUUGGCAAACUACUGACGAAUAGACUAUUUUAAAAUAUACAAAGAUUUUAAUAAUUUGCAUACAUGGUUAGGAUUAGAGCUAGAGAUAUCUGGAGGUAAUUGCAUGUAAACUUUUUCAUCUAAAUUAUUAUGUAACAAUGCAUUGUGGACAUCUAGUUGAUGAAUAUGUCAAUUUUGAAAUGAUGCAAUAGAGAGGAGUAAUCUUACCGUAGUGAGUUUUGCAACAGUAGAAUAUGUGUGAAAAUAAUCAAUACCUUCGAUUUGAGCAAAACCCUUAGCUACUAAAUGUGAUUUAUGUUGUUCUAUGGGAUCGUUGACUUUAUACUUUACCUUAUAUAUCUAUUUACAUCCAAUGGGUUUCUUACCAUGUGAAAGAGGUGUUAAAAUUCAAGUAUGAUGGAAAGUACAUGUAUACUAUGUAUGUAGUAUUCAAAUAUCUUGAACUUUUCUAAUAUGUUUAUGGUUUCAUUGUUGAAGGUAUACCUUUAACUUCAUUGAAUCCCAGAUUCGAGUUUUGGGCGACCAUGCUCUUAUGUUAUGAGAUUAUGAACUUGCCUUGUCAAAUUAUCGCCUAACUUCCACAGAUUACAAGAUUGAUAAAGCCUGGAAGCGUUAUGCUGGUGUGCAAGUAAUUUUUUGUUUUCAUUUCCAAAAUAGAGAGAGAGGGCCUUCAUAUAUUUAUUCACGGCCGUUACAUAGGUUUUAUGUCCUGUUUGUUUUCACGGUAGCAUGAUACCAAACGUGUGGCAAAUCCAAAGCUACAAAUUGUAGCUUCUUAAAAAUCAGUGAUUUUGCAUCGGGAAGUGGUGUGAAAGUGUUUUCAAAUAUGCUUAGUUAGAUUAGGAUUUUCUGUAAAGAAGUAGUGGAAGGAUGCUAAAUAAUUUCAAACCUCAACCUUUCUCAUUCUCUGAGAGUGAAGACUGAAAAUGGAAUUUCUGAGAAAACAAUAUAGAGAAUGAGAAUAUGACAGUUGUUUUCCGCAACCCAAUGUAACCUUGGGCAUUAUUCAUUCUUUUCCAUGGAGAUAUAAUUUUUUUUUCCUGUAGUGUUGAACUUGUUUGAGUUCCUUCUUCUUCUUUAGCAGACCAAGUAAAAUAUUGACAGAAAUGAGGACCGUUUGAUGCUUUGCAUUAAUUCUUCCAUAGAUGCUCCAAUUAAGCAUCAAGAUAAUCCUUGGGCUUCACAAAUAUCCGAUACCUCGCCUAAUCAAGAUCUUGAUUGCUUUCUUAACAUUGAUGAUAUCAAUGAGAUCAAAGAUUUAAUGCAAGAUUUAACAUCUAAGCACAUCAUUCCUAACAUGGAGCAAAAAAUUCGCGUGCUUAAUCAACAGGUUUCUGCAACACGAAAAGGUUUUAAAAACCAAAUAAAGAAUUUAUGGUGGAGAAAAGGAAAAGAAGAUGGUGCAGAUUCUCUCAAAUAUUUUGAACUUUUCUAAUAUGUUUAUGGUUUCAUUGUUGAAGGUAUACCUUUAACUUCAUUGAAUCCCAGAUUCGAGUUUUGGGCGACUAUGCUUUCAUGUCAUGAGAUUAUGAA